GGAGUUAUGGUUGCUUCUCCCUUCUGGGUAACUGAAACUACAUCUUAACGGAAAUAAGAACACGCAAAAUUAACCCAAGCGGAAAGCUGAACGAAUAAAUCAAGCCAAAAAAAUGUCUUCGCUAAGCAGUAAAUCAGCGCAGGAAAUUAGCGACCUGCUCGAUGAAUACGGGAUAAAGCACGGGCCUGUGGUCGAAUCCACCAGAGGUCUCUAUGAAAAGAAACUGAAAGAGGCCAUGGCCAAAGGGAAAAGAGCCAAACCAUCACCUGACAAAACCUUCUACAGAGAAGAAGAGGAUCAAGUCACCUAUGUUUACAGGACACCUGUCCGGAGCGACGGUUCGGGAGACAGUGGGUCUUACAUGAGGUCAAGAUCAGAGUGGACUGAGAGGGAAUAUGAUGAGACAUCCUACUCACACUACUCAAGUUCAAGGCCUGAAUACAAAGGAAGGGACUUUGUUGACGAGCCCUACAUGUAUGACACACCUACCACUUACAGAAGCUCUUACUUAAAGUCGACAACCAUGAAAUCUGGUCAAGAGGCUCCGAAGGCACCAAAGUCGUCUCGCCUCAUCCCACUCUGGCUUCAGUUUGUGUUCUUCCUGGCUGUGGCCGCCUUCCUCUACAUAGUUUUUUCCAACAUGGAGACAAAUGAAUCCCUUAAAGGGAUAGAAUGAUCUUUCUUUUUAUUUGUGCUCAUUUUAGAGGGCUGUUGUACUUUAUUAUGCAUUUUAAUUCGAGGAAUGUAUUUUGGUUUAUGCCUUUAUUUUAGACAUUGAUGAAAUUGUGGUUUAUGCAAUAUUUGUGUGGGUUGUAAUUGCAGUUUAAUUGCUUGCUUGCUUACUUAUAUGUAAAAUAUAUACCUGUCACACAGCUUCAGUACAUCACUACUAGAAUAGAUGAGAUGCCACUUUAAAAAGAAAAUAUUACUAAAAAAAACAACUAAAAAAAACAACUAAAAAAAACAGAUUCCUUCAGAUGAUUUCAGUGGGAUCUGUAAAAUUUAGAGAUAAUCAUCCACAGCUCCUCCCAGUACAGUGCACACAGCAGUGUUUGGCUUGCAGUGCUGAAUAUGCAAAGAAAUUUGGAAAAUAUUCACAAUGUGCCACAGUACAUUACAUAUCCACAGAUCUUGAUGUCGGCCAUUCAAGCUCAGUGGAUUAUCAUUAUACGCUGUUGAGUGAGUUUUGUUUUGCGCAUUGAGCAUCACAAUCAAAAUUCCAUUCAACUCUAUUUCAUUAUGGUGAGAUAUGGACAGGGUGUAUAAAAGAUUUAUUUAGCUUCCCAAAAUGUUCCUUUUUUCCCAGCGUUAUAGUACUUGGUAAUAAGGGUGUCUUAACGGUUUAUGAUCCUGUGUAUAUUAAUGUAAAGAGAUUCACAAAAUCUUUGUAGUAUAUCAUCUUGGGGUACAACAAUGCUUCCUUUUGUCAAUUUAUCAGAAAUAAUCUAGUACAGUUGGGACAGUUUUUAGACCAGCUGUAAUGCAAGUGCCUCAUGUUUUUUUUUUUCAGUGUUUAAUAAGCAUUUGGGGAAAAGUUUUAUCUCGGGUAAAAAUAUCAUACUACACUAUUUAUACAAGCUGUAAUACCAUGUUUGUGCUUUGUUUCAGCAGACAUAGUUCAGCAAUAUCACACUUUUGUACUACAUAAUCCCACCUUUACAUCCUGUAGUUUGAUGUUGUGAUUUGGUUUGUAUUGCUGUUUUGUAAGACAAACUAUAAAAGAGCUUGUAUAUUUAAA